UGAGCCGUCACCCACAAGGCUACCAUUGUGCCUUGCGCUAGUGUGGCUUCCCAACUCAAUCCCUGUCCGUUCACGAGAGUAAACAAAAGAUGCCAAAACCGACGCCGAUUUGAGAAAACACCGCCACGUCGCCCCUCAACCCCUCAAAUUGCCUUGGGCUAUGAGUUGCUCCUUACAAUUUUAAUAGAAAGAAACAAUUUAUACGCGAAAUAUGCUUGGUUGGUGGCUGGGAAAAAACGGCGAGGAGACGCGUCGAGAGGACGGCCAAGAACCGCCCGAAACCCCAGCUCCGGUAUUUGCAGCGAGAGCGUUCAAAAGUGCCCUCUUUGGCACUCCUGCACCACCAGGCGACGACACUCACUUUGAGCAAAUUGCCAAGUCGACAAACAUGCCGGCCCCAAAACAAAAUACGAGUAUAUCGAGCCCAUCGAAGGGGAUUUUGAUGACCCCAGGAACAGCGAGGAGUCGGAAAUCGGUCUCGUUUGGCGCAACCGUCAAAGACAAGGAGGCGAAACCAAACAGCACCAGUGACAUCCCAGAUGAAUGCCCAGGGAAAUUCUCCAGACAUUUUGUGAAUGGGGCUGCUGUAGAGCAAGAUGGGAGAUCGCUGAGGCGCACUGCGCUGACGAAGACUCUGGAGAAUGUGAGGGAUACAAAGAGGAGAAGAAUGGAGGAAUCGAAAACGCGCACCUCCGAUCCUGAUGCUCCACAAUCACUGCUGGAGUUGGAUAUAAAGACGGGCCUAACGGCACCUCAAAUAAUGGAAAGCUCACUUCGAAACGAGGACCCUCAAUGUAGGCUAUACUCAAGAGAUAUGGACGACUUCGACGGGGACGUGACCAUCGAUCUCAACGAGCCACAUUCGCAGUCAGGUCGCUAUUGGAAAUCGGAGUACGAGAAAUACAACGAGGACGCGAAGGCUCAGAUGACAAAGCUUGUGAAGUACAAGCAAAUGGCCAAAUCAUAUGCCAAGAAGAAGGAUGAAGAGGCGAUUGAUCUUGGAAGCAAGCUCAAGGAAGCACAGAAAAGGGCGUUGCAGAUGGAAGAUAGGAUUGCUGAACUCGUAGCUCAAAUUGCCGAGGGAUACUUGAAUGGGAUCGACGACGACUCGCCCACCAUGAUGAAGAACCUUGCCAGGCAGACUGCGCUUGCGGUCCAGUAUCGAAGUCAAGUCGACGAGUUUAGGGAUGUAUUGAGGGACCGAGAUCAACAACAAGAAGGUGGAAAUGGAGAGAUCAAGAAGCCCGCGAGCGACCUCAAGAGCGAAGUACAACGCCUGCGACUAGACCUCUCCACGUCACAAAGGGAGGCAUCUAAACUUCGUGACGAAAAUACCAAAUUGUCUCGGGACCUGGAGAAGGCAAACGAGAAACUCAACCAAAGUGAGAAACGCCGGGAAGCUUCAGAAUCGAUGAGACAUGAUCAAGCACAAUUACUGCAAGGUCUUCAGACUAAGUACGACAACCUCAAAGAAUCGGCGAAAGCACAACGUGGAGACGCGGAACAUCUCCUCAAGAAGCGCCACGACCAAGUUUCAGAGUUGAAAAAGGAGAUGGCUGCCCUGAAAGAGAAACUCGCUGCAUCGAGAGUCGAACGAAGCCCUCUGGUGUCAAAAAAGGGAACUGGGGACAAUCGUGCCGCUGAUUCGAACGAUGGGGAUCUCAAGUCAACCAGGACUCAGUUCAAAUCGACGUUACAGGAUGGGAAUGUGAUGGCAGGACAGGACGUAAUGCCUCCGGUACGGAAUACGCGCAGGAGAGAACCAGAAGCUAGUAAGCCGUGCGAAAUCUACGAAGAUCCACAGGAUCGUGAAAAGCCGAUUCUCGCCGGCUCUACACUGCAACGAAGAAGAUCAGCGACGGCGCGUGUCCAAACAUCUCUUGACGGACCAAAACAUCAGAGGUCAAAGUCUGAUGCACUUGAGAUUGGGAAUAAUAAAAGUGCGUCGCAUACGCCAGAAACGCUUCAGCCUGCAUCGGAUUUCAGUUUACGCUCUGUGCCAGAACUCCCACCAACCAUGGACAGCACUACACAUGAAACUUCCAGACCAGCUGCAGUUCGUCCGCGGUCCAUUGCAGACCUAGAGAGAGCCGGAUCAGGCAACUUGGGACCCAGUAGAAUGUCAAGUAUGGCAAGCACGAGAUCAAGGACAACACUGGACCCAGAGAGGGCAGCAGCAGCGAAGGCACGACUGGAUCUGAGGAAUGCAGAGAAGCGAAGGGUAAAGGACAGAAAGGAGAACAUGGUUAUGUAACCGGCGCCUAAUGGUUUGAUUGGGAUUAUACAUAGGGUGAAAAACGUUGUCAAGAGAGGGUGCGGUGGCGUUUUUAUUGGUCAGGAUCUGAGCGGGUCGCAUUCUUUAGGGCGUUGAAGUAUUGAAGAAGAAACUUCAUACUGCAUAUAUUUGCUAAUAGGAUGUAAUUAUUUGAUGAAUUGGUA